AUGACGAAGCUCAAUCAAGUGGGCGCGUAUGCCAUGUUACUGGUGGCAGCUAUGAACGCCUACUCCUUCCCGGAUACGACGAGGGCGUCAGUGUCGGCCCCCGCUACCGUCCGCAGUUCCGACACCGGCAUGACGGCGGACGACGAAUCCCGAAUCUACGGCGGCAAGAACGUGGACCUCAAGGAAUACCCGUACAUUGUGAGUCUGCGCGCGAACGUUUCCGACAGUGAAACUUUUUGCGCUGGCACACUGAUUGCUCCACGCUACGUACUGGCGUCAGCUCAGUGUAUGGACUGGUACCUGUACGAUGUGUAUGCCUCCAUCGGAUCAAAGCAUGGGUCUGGCCGGGGCUCGGGAAGGUCCGAGCAAAUUCGUGUCGUGGAGGCUUUCAGUCUCCCAGAGUACAAUCCGCUGGAUACGUCGGUAGCUGGUUGUGCUCAAGCUCGAAAACUCAUCGAAGUAUACACCCGCGCGUUUGCCUAA